AUGUGUCAUCAGCAGUUGGUCAUCUCCUGGUUUUCCCUGGUUUUGCUGGCAUCUCCCCUCGUGGCAAUAUGGGAACUGGAAAAAGGCGUUUAUGUUGUAGAGCUGGAUUGGUACCCUGAUGCCCCCGGAGAAAUGGUGGUCCUCACCUGUGACAACCCUGAAGAAGACGGCAUCACCUGGACCUCAGACCACAGCAGUGAAGUCUUAGGUUCUGGCAAAAACCUGACCAUCCAAGUCAAAGAGUUUGGAGAUGCUGGCCAAUACACCUGUCACAAAGGAGGCGAGGUUCUGAGCCAGUCACUCCUGCUGCUUCACAAAAAGGAAGAUGGAAUUUGGUCCACUGAUAUUUUAAAGGACCAGAAAGAACCCAAAAAUAAGACCUUUCUAAAAUGCGAAGCGAAGAAUUAUUCUGGACAUUUCACCUGCUGGUGGCAGACGGCAAUUAGUACUGAUCUGAAAUUCGUCGUCAAAAGCAGCAGAGGCUCCUCUGACCCCCGAGGGGUGACGUGUGGAGCAACGACACUCUCUGCAGAGAGGGUUAGAGUGGACCACAGGGAGUAUAAGAAGUACUCGGUGGAGUGUCAGGAGCACAGUGCCUGCCCAACUGCUGAGGAGAGCCUGCCCAUCGAGGUCGUGGUAGAUGCCGUUCACAAGUUCAAGUAUGAAAACUACACCAGCAGCUUCUUCAUCAGGGACAUCAUCAAACCCGACCCGCCCAAGAACCUGCAGCUGAAGCCAUUAGAGAAUGCUCGGCAUGUGGAGGUCAGCUGGGAGUACCCCGACACCUGGAGCACCCCACAUUCCUACUUCUCCCUGACAUUCUGUGUCCAGGUCCAGGGCAAGAACAAGAGAGAAAAGAAAGUUUUCGUGGACAAGACCUCAGCCACAGUCAUCUGCCACAAGGAUGCCCAGAUCAGGGUGCAAGCCCGGGACCGCUACUAUAGCUCAUCUUGGAGCGAAUGGGCAUCUGUGUCCUGCAGUUAG